AUAAAAAAUGAAUUAAACAAAAAGUUCCUGAACAGUCCGUUGGGAAAAACACCUCACACUGAUUCCAUUUCAAGCUCCUCUCCUUCUUCCUUUUCCCACUCUCUCCAGUUUCCAUUGAUCCUCCCCUCUGUAAUUUAUGUUUUUGCCCUAAUUGUACACAACACAUUUCCAUCCUUCCUCUUGAUUUUCAGUUUCAAGUCAUGGCUUUGCGUUCAGUGACUAGAAGGAUUGGAAGUAAAUUUUUUCCAAUGUUUUCUUCAGCCAAUCAAUUACAUUCACAUGCUACUAGUUUUGGAUUCAAAGAAGUGCCUGAAGAGGAAAAAAGCAGACUUGUUGGUAAUGUCUUCAGCAAUGUUGCUUCAAAUUAUGAUCUGAUGAACGACUUGAUGAGUGGUGGACUGCAUAGAUUGUGGAAAGACAGACUUGUUUCCGAGCUAAAUCCUUUUCCUGGAAUGAAGCAUCUUGAUGUGGCUGGUGGUACAGGUGAUGUUGCUUUCAGGAUUCUAGACCGUAUUAAUGAUGUGAAACGUAGAGCAAUGCAGGAUGUUCGAGAAGAUGAUUUGCAGGAUCAAACUCAAGUAUAUGUUUGUGACAUCAACCCACGUAUGUUAAGCGUUGGAAAAAAGAGAGCCAUUGAGAGGGGUCUGGGAGAAGAAGGAUCUCUUAUAUGGGUGGAAGGAGAUGCAGAAGCUUUAAGUUUUCCAGAUAAUUCAAUGGAUGGUUACACAAUUGCAUUUGGAAUUAGAAAUGUUACUCACAUUGAAAAGGUUCUAGAUGAAGCUUACAGGGUUCUAAGACGAGGAGGAAGAUUUCUUUGCCUUGAGCUAAGCCAUGUUGAAGCUCCUCUAUUUAAGGAAUUAUACGACUAUUAUUCGUUUUCUAUCAUUCCAGCUGUUGGAGAGCUAGUUGUUGGUGACCGGGAAUCUUAUCAAUACUUAGUCGAAAGCAUCCGUAAAUUUCCCUCACAGGAGAAAUUUGCUUCCAUGAUUGUCGACGCAGGCUUCCAGAAGGUCGAGUAUGAAAAUCUUGUCGGAGGAGUGGUUGCUAUACAUUCAGGCUUGAAACUUUAGAGAACCCAGCUACCUUUUGCAUCCCACUUAUAAUUAACUUAAUAUCCAACAGGUUGCUUCACUUAUAACUUCGUCCAAUAAAAUGUCUAAUAGAUCUUUCACCUUAGCAAUGUAAGGCAAUGGCUCCUUCACUAAAAUAUAUAUAGUUGAACUGAUGCCAUUCUUUUUCCCCAAGUUCGAUUAAGAUUUAUUUAUUUAUUUAUUUUAGCUACUAUUAUGGUCGAGACGAGGGAUCAGACCUUUGAUCUUCAGAAAGAGAGUAUAUGUUAAUUACUGUUGAAGGAAGCUUACUUUUAGUUACUGUUUUGUAACUGUAUUUAGAAUAGCACAAAAGAAAAACAUGAUUAUUAAGAACUUAUUAUAAUUUAUAUGUUGGUGGAGUGAGUUAUUUAACUUUUGAGGCUCCAA